ACCUUACUCGCGCAACAGUACAUUGGUCAAGACCAAGGAUGGCGCAACUUGUGACUGCUGAGGACCUGUCUGUGGUGACAUGCCUGGAGUGGAUUCCGCGUGGAGGCUUCUCGCUGCAGCCGUCGCGGGUGGUGCUCGACGCAGCCGAUGUGGAGGCACUCAAGGCGAUGUCCGGCAUGCCGGGAGCGAGCGGGCGCAGCAGCGGCGGUGGCAACGGCGACGGCGACGCGCAGGGCUCAAGCGUGAGCAAGGGCAAGGGCAAGGGCAAGGGCAAGGGCAAGCGCCGGCGGCGUGGUGGCAAGAACGACGAGGUUGACUCGGACGAGGAGAUGCUGCGGGCGAUCGGGGCGAUUUCCGGGUCAGACUCUGAGGGCGAGAUGCAUGUGACAGACCUGCCGUUUGUGACGACGAUGGGUGGGAUGUACCACGCGUCGAACGCGGAGGACCCGUACAUGACGGUGCAGGACGAGGACGACGUGGACUCGAUCGAGGACAUCAACCUCGAGGCGGACGACGCGAUGAUUGUGCUGGGCGGACGACGGAGGAGCUGUCGAAGAUCGAGUUCUACGUGUACCAGGAGGCGUACGGGCAUGCGUACAUCCACCACGACAUUGUGCUCGACUCGUAUCCGAUCUGCACGGCGUGGACGGGGCGGACCCGUCGCAGGCUGGGCCCAAGGCCGGGGCCGGGACGGCGUCGAUUCUGGCGGUGGGCACGUUCAACCCGGGCAUCGAACUCUUUGACUGCAACGUGGUGGACAUCAUCCAGCCGAACGUGGUGCUGGGAGGGGUGGCCGACCCGAGCGCACGGCCGAUGCGCGGGGUGGAGCCCGAGCUCGCGGCUGGCUCGCACACGUCUGCGGUGCUGGCGCUGGCGUGGAACCCGGAGCUUGCGCAAGUGCUCGCGUCGGGCUCUGCGGACGAGUGUGUCAAGCUGUGGGACGUGUCGUCGGGCAGUGCGGUGUCGACGCUGCGGCACCACAGCGACAAGGUGAGCUGCGUGAGCUGGAACCCGAGCGAGGCCAACGUACUGCUGACGGCGUCGUACGACCGGACGCUGGCGCUCGUGGACGCGCGUGCCGGGAGCGGGGCAGUGUUUGCGCAGCUGGCAGCGGACCCCGAGUCUGUGGCGUGGGACCCGGUGCUCGGAUACCGCGUGUUUGUGGCGGGCGACGACGGCAAUCUGUAUGCGUUUGACGCACGGGCAGCGGGUGCAGGACCGCUGUUUGUGAUCGACGCGCACGAGAAGAGCAUCACGUCGAUGGCGGUGAACCCGGCGGUGCCCGGGAGCGUGGCCACGGGAUCUGCAGACAAAACGGUCAAGUUCUGGGAUGUGGCGAGCGACGAGCCUUCGCUGGUGUACGCGUCGAAGCGGAUGCGUGUGGGCGAGCCGUACGCGCUCACGUUCUUCCCGGAUUCGCCGUUUAUCAUGGCAGCCGGCGGGUCUAAGGGCGCGCUCAACGUGUUUGACAUGUUCUCGACCAGGGCGCUGCGGCAGCGGUACGAGGGAGUGGCGAGCGAGGCCGGCAUCCCGCGGCCGACGUGCCCGACCGGCAAUGCGUUCGACCAGCCCAAGGCCGCGCCCGGCGAGUGGAACGACUCGGACGAUGACGAGUCGUCGUACUCGGACUCGGGAAGCGAGUCGAGCGGGAGGGCGCGCGACACCGACAUGGCGACCUUUGCCUCGCUCUCGGUCGUUCCGGCCGAGUCGCAGCGUAAGAUCGCGCGGACGGAGGCCAAGGUCCGUGCAGCUGUCAAGAACGCGCGGGCGGCGGUGAGCGGUGGCGGCAAGAACGGCAAGGGCAAGGGCAAGGGCAAGGGUAAGAAGCGCAAGUGAGCUAUAAACAGCCUCUGGCGAGUUGGAUGUCGCUGUUGCGAAGGAUCAAGGUAAACACCGCGAUAUCGGACAAUA